AUGCUUCGUGAGGAUGACAUAUUAGCUUUAUUAGGUGACGGAAAUGUAUCAGAUAUUGGGGAACUAGAUAGUGGUAAUGAAUCUGAAGACUUUUUUCCUGAAGCAGAACUCACUGAGCUUUUAAAUGAAUUUGAAAAUAACGAUGGUAAUUUUGAAAAUGAGAAUGAAUAUAGUGUUGUUGGUAAGAAUUUUGAAACAACUAAAAAAUGUGAUGUUCGUUGGGCACGAAAACCUUUUGCCCAACCACGUCUGCAUUUGGAAAACUUAGAUCAACCUGUAUAUCCUAUUUUACUAAGAUCUCCAUUAGAAUACUUUAGUGAAUAUUUUAAUAAUGACAUUUUUGAAAAAAUGGCUUUUUUCACAAAUUUAUACGCAGUUUCUAAACAAAUUUCGAGAUUCAAACCAACAAAUAUAAACGAAAUGAAAAUAUUUAUUGGUAUUCAUAUUAUUAUGGGCUCUUUAAAAUAUCCUCGAGUACGUUUAUAUUGGGAAGAUAAUUUUCAAAUUAAUAUUAUUGCACGUAAUAUGACACGAGACCGUUUUUUUGCUUUACGAACUAAUUUUCAUAUAAUUGACAACAACAGUAUAAGUAAAGAAAAUAAAGACAAAUUCAUCAAAGUGAGACUAUUAUUUGAUGUAGUGUUAAAAAAAUGUAAUAGCCUACCUUUAGAACAGGACCUUUGUGUUGAUGAACAGAUGGGAUAUUCAGAAUUAGACAGUAACUUGGUAAAAUCGGUAGGCUUUGGUGGUAGUGUUGUGUUACAUUUAACACAAAAUGUUCCUCCGAACCGCCAUUUUUUGUAUUUCGAUAAUUAUUUUUCGUCAUUUGGAUUAUUUGAGAGAUUGCAACAGUUGAACAUUUACGCGGUUGGUACAAUUAGAUCAAAUUGGUUUGCACAAUCACCAUUUUUAAGUGACAAACAAAUGCGGAAAAUGGGUAGAGGCGCUGCAUUUGAAGUUACCACAGAUAUGAAUCAUUGUAAUAUAGGACUUUUAAAAUGGUUUGAUAAUAAAGCAGUUACUCUUGGUUCUAAUUACGUAACAUCUGGGGAUGUUGACAAAGUUGAGCGUUGGGACAAAAAGAAAAAGGCAUAUGUAGAAAUCGAAAGACCAGAAAUUAUGAAUAUUGACUCCACGAAGACCCAAGGUACACUAUAG